AUGGACAGGCUUGGCAGAUAUGGAGAGACAGGAGAAUCUAAUGCAACACGAACUUAUGUGUUCCAUAUCUGUCAGGCAGAUGGCAGGAUCGACUCGUUCCUUUGUCCCAACGGCACAGUCUUUAAUCAGCAAUACUUCGUGUGCGAUUGGUGGUACAACUUUGACUGUUCGACGGCUGAACAGUUCUACGGUUUGAAUGCUGAGAUUGGCAAGGUGAAUGGAAAUGGCUACACCAACGGCAACGGAAAUGGAUACACCAACGGCAACGGGAAUGAGUUAUCAAUGGCAACGGUGUUCCAUAUAUGUCAGGCAGUAGGCAGGAUCGACUCGUUCCUCUGUCCCAACGGCACAGUCUUUAAUCAGCAAUACUUCGUGUGCGAUUGGUGGUACAACUUUGACUGUUCGACGGCUGAACAGUUCUACGGUUUGAAUGCUGAGACUGGUAAGAUGAAUGGAAAUGGCUACACGAAUGGCAAUGGUUACACGAACGGCAAUGGAUAUACCAAUGGUAAUGGGAAUGGCGUUAUCAACGGUAAUGGAAAUGACUACAGCAACGGCAACGGGAAUGGAGUUAUCAAUGGUAACGGAAAUGGCUACAUGAACGGAAACGGGAAUGGAGUUAUCAAUGGUAACGGAAAUGGAUACACCAACGGUAACGGAAAUGGCUACACCAACGGCAACGGGAAUGGAGUUAUCAAUGGUAACGGAAAAGGAUACACCAACGGUAACGGAAAUGGAUACACCAAUGGCAACGGAAAUGGAGUUAUCAAUGACAAUGUUAAUGGUAACGGAAAUGGCUACACCAACGGAAACGGGAGUGGAGUUAUCAAUGGUAGUGGUAACGGAAAUGGCUACAGCAACGGUAACGGGAAUGGAGUUAUCAAUGGCAACUGUAAUGGAAACGGAAAUGGCUACACCAAUGAUAUGGAGAGAAAGGAGAAUCUAUUGCAACACGAACUUAUGGGAGUAAAAGCGAGCUUCAAAGACAAAGGAAUUAGACUCUACAAACAGACGAGUCAGCUGAAGGAAGACGUCGGUGGGCAGAGGGAGACGAGUAUCGUCACGGAAGAACUUCUGAUAGAAACCGAGGAAGACAUCAAGCGAGGGAGGCACUGGGCUAGUUUGAACGCAAGAGGUGCUAUCAAUGGCAACGGAAAUGGAUACACCAACGGCAACGGUAAUGGAAUUAUCAAUGGCAAUAGUAAUGGAUACACCAAUGGUAAUGGAAAUGGAUACACUAGCGGUAACGCAUACACCAACGGCAAUGGUUAUACCAACGGCAAUGGGAAUAGUGCUAUCAAUGGCAACGGAAAUGGAUACAUGAACGGUAACGAGAAUGGUUAUAGUAACGGCAAUGGCUACACCAAUGGUAAUGGAAAUGGUAUUGUUAAUGGUAAUGGAAAUGGAUAUACCAAUGGCAAUGGAAAUGGUGCUAUCAAUGUCUACGGAAAUGGAUACGGUAACGGGAAUGGUUUUAGUAACGGCAAUGGAAACGGAAAUGGUUACACUAAUGCAAUGGCAAUGGUAAUGGUGCUACCAACGGAAACGGUAAUGGAAACGGCAAUGGUAAUGGGAACGGUAAUGGAUAUUACUAUGGUGCCCCUAAUGGUAACGGGAAUGGUGUUCCAUAUCUGUCAGGCAGAUGGCAGGAUCGACUCGUUCCUUUGUCCCAACGGCACAGUCUUUAAUCAGCAAUACUUCGUGUGCGAUUGGUGGUACAACUUUGACUGUUCGACGGCUGAACAGUUCUACGGUUUGAAUGCUGAGAUUGGCAAGGUGAAUGGAAAUGGCUACACCAAUGGUAAUGGAAAUGGCUACACCAACGGCAACGGUAAUGGAAUUAUCAAUGGCAAUGGUAAUGGGAAUGGCGUUAUCAACGGUAAUGGAAAUGACUACAGCAACGGCAACGGGAAUGGAGUUAUCAAUGGUAACGGAAAUGGCUACAUGAACGGAAACGGGAAUGGAGUUAUCAAUGGUAACGGAAAUGGAUACACCAACGGUAACGGAAAUGGCUACACCAACGGCAACGGGAAUGGAGUUAUCAAUGGUAACGGAAAAGGAUACACCAACGGUAACGGAAAUGGAUACACCAAUGGCAACGGAAAUGGAGUUAUCAAUGACAAUGUUAAUGGUAACGGAAAUGGCUACACCAACGGAAACGGGAGUGGAGUUAUCAAUGGUAGUGGUAACGGAAAUGGCUACAGCAACGGUAACGGGAAUGGAGUUAUCAAUGGCAACUGUAAUGGAAACGGAAAUGGCUACACCAAUGAUAUGGAGAGAAAGGAGAAUCUAUUGCAACACGAACUUAUGGGAGUAAAAGCGAGCUUCAAAGGCAAAGGAAUUAGACUCUACAAACAGACGAGUCAGCUGAAGGAAGACGUCGGUGGGCAGAGGGAGACGAGUAUCGUCACGGAAGAACUUCUGAUAGAAACCGAGGAAGACAUCAAGCGAGGGAGGCACUGGGCUACUCUGGUCGGAAUAUGCUUGGCAGAAGCAAAUUACUUGCCACCGUUAAAUGGAAAUGACAACGGUAACGGGAAUAUACUCAACGGUAAUGGAAAUGGAGUAUACCGAAACGGUAAUGGAAAUGGUAAUGGCGUCAAUGGCAAUGGAGUAUUCGGAAAUGGAAAUGGUAAUGACGGAUAUAGCAAUGGUAAUGGCGUCAAUGGAAAUGGCGCUUAUGUAAAUGGAUAUGGGAAUGGUGCCAAUGGAAAUGGAAAUGGCGUAAAUGGUAAUGGCGGAUACACCAAUGGUAAUGUGAAUGGAAAUGGCGCUUAUAGAAAUGGAAAUGGCAAUGGUGUAUAUGUUAAUGGGAAUGGCCUAAAUGGUAAUGGGGCAUAUGCUAAUGGAAACGGAGUAAACAGAGGGUAUCACAACCAAAAUGGAGUGACCGUGUACGCCAAUGGCAUUGUGGAUCCGUUCAGAGCUCUAGCUGAUGCCAUUGGCGGUGGAGGCGUCCCAGCUGUAGACUAUCCCAUCCUGGCCUUCGUCCCCGACACCGGGUUCUCGUGCAACGGCCAACUUCCUGGAUAUUACGCUGAUACUUCUCACGAGGCUGGUUGCCAGUUCUACGGUUUGAAUGCUGAAAUUGGCAAGGUGAAUGGAAAUGGAUACACGAAUGGCAAUGGUCACACGAACGGCAAUGGGUAUACCAAUGGAAAUGGGAAUGGCGUUAUCAACGGUAAUGGAAAUGGCUACAGCAACGGCAACGGGAAUGGAAUUAUCAAUGGUAACGGAAAUGGAUACACCAACGGUAACGGAAAUGGAUACAGCAACGGCAACGGGAAUGGAGUUAUCAAUGGGAACGGAAAUGAAUACAACAACGGUAACGGAAAUGGCUACACCAACGGUAACGGAAAGGGCUACACCAACGGCAACGGGAAGUGA